CCACAAGGAUUCACGCACAUCACUGUGUAUGUUAGAUAUCGCCAACGCGCGUGAGCUCACACUCACCGAACACUCAAAUGGGGCGCGCCACCACCUGCCUGGCCGCCUUGCUGCUCGCCGUCACCUUUCUGCUUCCCUCCGCCGCCACGGAGUCGCUCAAGGCCGUGCAGACGGACCAGGCGGUGACUAAGAGCGGGUCCUCCCCGCCGGUGCACUGCUGCAAACAGGAGGAGGAAGUGGUGGCCAAGCCUGCCCAGCUUAUUGUUGGCGAUCUAGCGGACUUGGCAUCAGCGGAGGAGCAAGGCCAGAAGCCUAGCUCUCACCGGAGUAACAAAAAGAAGAUCCACCACGACGACGACGAUGAUGACGAUGAUGGUGGUGGUGGUGGUGGUGGUGAUGAUGAUGAUCAUGAUGGCGACGACGACGACGACGACGAUGGUGGUGGUGGUGGUGGUGGUGGUGAUGAUGAUGGCGACGACGAUGAUGACGACGACGAUGAUGAUGGUGACGACGAUGAUAAUGAUGAUGGUGGCGACGACGAUGACGACAAUGGCCGACACCACUCGGGCCACGACUGUGACUCAGGCUCUGAUUGUGAUGGUGAUGACGACAACUCAAAGGGCAGGAAGAAGAAGCCCUCAGCUCCAGAGAAGAAGGGAGUCCUAGGAGGUAACCGGUAAGAAGAACGACAAGCUGCCUAAAGUGACCAUAUAUAUGGGCGUGCGAGCUUCCAUCGCCGUUCAAGUCAUUACUUGCUUCAAGAUCAUGAGAGCGAGCUUAUCUUUAAACAUGUAUUAGCCGUAAAACUCUGUACGCGCAUGCACUUUAAAGUUAUGUAUCUCGCUACAGCCUACGGACAAUGAAGUCUCUGCAUACAAAUAAACGCAUCACUCGGUAUUAUGCCCUCUGUUUAUAAACAUAAGACGUUUUGGCAGUUCAAUCAAACAUCUUACACUUAGGAACAGAGGUAUUACCUACUAUGUGCACUGCCAACAUCAGGGGAUCCGGACUGUAGCGGCAACCGUGUUAAAGGAAUAUGCCAAUAAAGGAAAAUGGCAAUCAUGUUACAUUUUUUAUUUUAGAUUAGAAACAGGGAGUGUUUUGUCAAGACUGGUCUUGGGAACAAAAAAAAAGCUCUAAACAGUUGUGCUGUUUUAAAAAAAAGGUUUAAACAGAUGGAGCAGCAUGAAACAGAGCGAGUGAGCAUGCAGUACAAAGCUGCGUUUGUUUUUUUGAGAACCGCGUGAAUAAAUGCCAGGCCCAUAACCCUGGCUGGGCUGGGCUGGGCUGGGCCGAAUCACCAAAGAAAGCCCUCGGUCCAGCUGCGUGAGAGGAAAAGGAGCCGACCGACAUCGCCGGCGGGAGGAGGACAAAAUGCUGGCGGAGAUGGCGCACCUUGUUCCGGGCCACAUUUCUGCCAGCACAGGAAGGAGGAGGCCGACGGCGAGCACAGCAGGCCAAGGCGCCACGCCACGCCACGCCGACGUACGGCCUGGCGGCCGCGCGAGGCCGUCCGGGUGGGGCGCGAGAGCUUCAGAGCAAAAUACACAGACUCUUUUGGAGGUGGAAGUGAUAUAUCUCCAUUCUCCAGAAAGGACAUGAUUGAUGACACGAGUGGCCGCUCAUUUGGGCUGUCUUGAACACACAAAAGUCCAAUAUGGAUGCACCGUACAGUUUCAUCAGGCUGGGGGUUCAUGGUUGUUGGCAUCUUGUUAUUCUAGCCUAAGGAGACUUUGUUUUGUCGCCCCUGAUGUUCACAGUCCACUUCUUCCGUCGCAAAUGUAUUACUCAGAAAUGAUUUUUCCACUGGAUCGGAGGAGGGGAAGGCACGACCAUAUAUACUCGUUAAGAUGGCAAGGCUGGAGCAACCCUGUACAAGGUGCACGCCUGGGUGUUACUGGAGCAGAGAACAUAUUUGGCCAAAGAAGCAAGAAGAGGAAGAAUGGCUAUGUAGCAUGUGCACGGGUAACCCUGGCAGGAGCGGUUAAUUGCAUACACUGUAGGUGGAAAAUUGCAACGGGUGAGUACAUCUUAGUCUGGACGAUCCGACACCGACCACGAUUCUGAUUCAGACUCCGACCAUGAUUCCCACUCCGACCACGACUCUGACCAUGACGACGAUGACAACUCAAAGAGCAGGAAGAAGAAGCGCUCAGCUUCAGAGAAGAAGGGAGUCUUGGGAGGUAACCAGUAAGAAUAACGACGAGCUGCCUAAAGUGACCAUAUGGGCCGGUGUGCGCGAGCUUCCUUCGUCCUUCAAGCCAUUAGUUGCUUCAAGAUCAUGAGAGCGAGCUUCUCUUUAUGUGUUAUACAAAUAUUAUUAAUUGCAAAACUCUAUAUACAUAUGCACUUUUAAAA